UAUCAGCUUACUGUUAAAUUAUUAUGACGUUCUUUCCAAUACAAAAAGUGUAGUAACUAUUGUUUCCAAACUGCGUUACCCACUCCAGUCAUCAGAUGACGAUGUGCGUCUUUCAGGUGAUGCUUCUUGUGUGACGUAUAAUGGACUGGACGGGAUGUUUCUUCAGGAACAACAACACGGUUACUCUUUCAACCACCUCGGUAGCUUGCUAGCCAACAUAAAACUGAAAGAUUGACGCUUUAGACCAUGUUAAUGUACAUUAGUUAAUCUCGGUGUUUUAAACACAUUUCUGCCUAUUAACUGGUUUACUAUAACCCAAUUUUCUUGUUCAAUUUGCAAACUUGUUAAAGAUUGAUACUGAGCCUAGCCGCUAAUUUUAACUAGCUAGCUAGCAUCCCCGACCAUGAGUUCACAAAACUACUCAUCCCCUGCUAAAGAAGAGGAUAUCUGCUGGACGGAGAAAGAAGCUCUGGGACUGAACAUUGUCGUGGAAGAAGAAGAGGAGGCUGUUAUAGUAAAAGAAGAGAAAGAACCUUUCAGACUGAAAAAGGAGGGAGAGGGGGACGUUAUAGUGAAAGAAGAGAAAGCAUCGUCUUCCUCUCUGAACGGUUAUUUCUCAAUAAAGGUGAAGAAGGAAGACGUUUUGGGAGUGAAAGAGGAGGAGACAGAAUAUCAGAUUACCACCAGAGAGAGACAUGACUAUGGUGGAUCCUCUGGGGAGCCUCAACAACAUCCUGAUGCUGACGAGGCAGAGAAGAGUCUCUCCAGAUCAGAACACCAGAUGGACAACGCUAGCCCUUCCGCACUCCUGGAGUCCCCGUGUCGUGCCUCUCCCAGUAGUACCUUACUGUUGGGUAUGAAGAGGUUGUCUGUGCUGCUGGUGGACUGCAGGAAAACAACGGGGCUGAGUGGAACUGUGAGAGGAGGAGAAGAGAAGAAAGGAUCAGAUUUGAGUCAUCAAAGAGAAAAACCAAACUCGGAGGAACCAGAGACGUCCAAACCAGCAAGACGACACCUCAGCUCCCAGAUGGGAAGGAGUUUUACCAAGUUAGGAAGCCUGAAAAGACAUGAGCGAAUACACACAGGGGAGAAGCCUUUCCAUUGCGCCCAGUGUGGGAAAAGUUUUAGUCGGUCAGGAAGUCUGAAAGAACACACGAGACUGCACACAGGGGAGAAGCCUUACCACUGCUCCCAGUGUGGAAAGAGUUUUAACCAGUCAGGAAGCCUGAAAGCCCACGAGCGAAUACAUGCAGGGGAGAAGCCUUACCGCUGCUCCCAGUGUGCACAGUGUUUUACCCAAUUAGGAAGCCUAAAAGAACACAUGAGACUGCACACAGGGGAGAAGCCUUACUACAAAUGCUUAGACUGUGGGAAGACAUAUUACUCAUCCCAGUCACUUAAAAGUCAUGUGAGAAUCCAUACAGGCGAGAAGCCUUUCCACUGCUCCCAAUGUGGAAAGAGUUUUAGCCACUUAGGAAAGCUGAAAGCUCAUGAGCGAAUACACACACCGGAGAAGCCUUUCCAUUGCUUCCAGUGUGGAAAGAGUUUCAAGCGGUUAGACAACCUCAAAGUUCAUGAGCAAAUACACACAGGGGAGAAGCCAUACCAUUGCGCCCGGUGUGGAAAGAGUUUUAUUCAGUUAGGAAACCUGAAAGCUCAUGAGCGAAUGCACACAGGGGAGAAACCUUUCCAUUGCUCCCAGUGUGGAAAGAGUUUUAAGCGGUUAGACACCCUCAAAGCUCAUGAGCGAUUGCACACAGGGGAGAAGCCAUACCACUGCUCCCAGUGUGGAAAGCAUCUUAACCAGUUAAGAAAGCUGAAAGAACACAUGAGACUGCACACAGGGGAGAAAUCUUACAAUUGUUCAGACUGUGGGAAGACAUAUUACUCAUCACAGUCAUUUAAAAAACAUGUGAGAAUCCACACAGGAGAGAAUAAUUACUUCUCCUAGUGUGUGAACUUAUUUCACAUCACAGAGAACAUACAUGGUGCUCCUAUUGACUUAUAUUUGUUGACUGAGAAUGUGUUUACUGUUUAUACCAUAUUGAAUUGUACUAAGUAUACUCAAACAUAUAUUUUAAUGUUUUUAUUAGAAGACAGGAAUUAAAUAUGGAGUAUGUCCGUUUGAAUAUAGAGUAGAUCAGAUUCCAUGUGUUUAAAUUGUCCUUUUUUAAACUCUGACUAUGUGUGUGUUUAUCUGGGUGUGUCAUUCCUCCAGUACUACAGAUAAUCAAGUGAUAUUUGGAUGUGACGCAUUUGUUCUAUUGUUGACAUUUCCAUUAGUGGCCCACUGAUGAUUUAAUGAAAUUAAAAUGUUUACAGACUCCGUAAUGGAACAUAAUAUUUGUAUGAGUCCACAUAACUGAGUAUGUGACUAACCUUGUGAAACUGUUCUAUUAUAAUCUCCUGUUCUUGGGAGUAUUAUCAUGUGUUGCCAACCAGCUGCACCUGUGUCCUUGUAUGAAUAAAGUCCCUCCCAGGAACAGGAAACUAUAAAGAUAUGUGCUCAUCACCCAAUGCUUCAAGAAUUCAGACUGUCUACACUGCGCUGUGUAACUCUGUUAUUCUCUCUGAGCUCAGAAAUAAAGAAUCUUGGUUUGA